UUCAUUUUAAUAGUACUGGGGAUUACAUUCCCUGUAGCGGUUAGAAAAGCCCGUGAAAAACCAAACCGAAAAAAAAAGAAAAAAAAAAGAACGGAACGGAACAUAUUACAGAAUCAUGGGGGACCAUUGUUCGUGGUAGAAGCCCCACUCACUGGUAUCACAGUCAUCAUGUCAUCAAUUUAAAACCUCUAAAAAUUAAUAUUCAAGUCGAAUAUAUAAAAAUGCACGUUUUCGAAAUUCAACUAAAAGACAAAAAAAUCAUUUCAGCUUUUGGGAAUCUUACUGGCUACUACAAUUGGCUUGAUAACAUCCGACAUUCGUUUAUCAGAAACACGCUUCCUACAAACAAAUUUAUCCCCGAAUUUCCAAGCACCAAUCAUCGAAAAUGUAUCCCAGCCUACAAAUUCCAAGCCGGAAAGUGCCUUGGCUCUUACACCAUCAUUUGAAAACAUUUCACCAGAGGCAACAAUCGGAAACAAUGAAAUAACAUCUUUUGAAGAACCACCAAAAUCAGACACAAUUUCGAACACCCAAGUCUUCCUUCCUUUCGAGACAACUUCUUCAUCAAGCCCAACAUCGACGAUUUCUGAGUCACAAUUAAGUUUAACCAUGAACUCCUCUUCAUUUCAAACCAUCGCUUUGGGUCCUGGAUCUUCAUCUGAUAACAUUCAAGGACAAAUAACACCUGGAAUUGAUCAAAUAAUACCUUUUGCAGAACCCUUUCAAUCAGACACAAGUUCAUCCUCUCCAAAUAUUUUGCAAUCUUUUGAGCCAGCUUCUUCAUCAAGCCCCAGUUCAACUGUAUCUGAGUCAGAAUCAACUUCAACCAUGACAUCCACUUCAUCUGUGCCCAUGCCGUCAUCUUCCAUGAUAACCUCUGAUUUAAACUCAAGUGCUUCCACCCAAGAUUUUUCGCCAUCUUUUGAGACAGCUUCUUCAUCCAGCCCUAGUUCAACGAUUUCUGAGCCAGAAUCAACUUCAGCCAUCACAUCCACUUUUUCUGUGCCCGUGCCGUCAUCUUCCAUGGAGACCUCUGAAUCAGUCACAAGUGCAUCCACCCAAGAUAAUUCUCCACCUUUUGAGACAGCCUCUUCAUCAAGCCCUAGACCGACGUUUUCUGAAACAGAAGUAACUUCAAUCAAGACCUCCCCUUCAUCUCAAACCAUCAAUUUGGUUCCAGGAUCUUCAUCUGCUAACAUUCCAGGACAAAUAACACCCGGAAUUGAUCAAAUAAUACCUUUUGCAGAACCCUCUCAAUCAGACACAAGUUCAUCCUCUCCAGAUAUUUUGCCAUCUUUUGAGACGGCUUCUUCAUCAAACCCCAGUUCAACGAUUUCUGAGUCAGAAUCAACUUCAGCCAUGACAUCCACUUUAUCUGUGCCCAUGCCAUCAUCUUCAAUGGUGACCUCUGAAUUAGACACAAGUGCAUCCACCACAGAUGUUUCUCCAUCCUUUGAGACAGACUUUUCGUCAAGCCCCAGUUCAACGAUUUCUGAGUCAGAAUCCACUUCAACCCUGACAUCCACUUUAUCUGUGCCCAUGCCAUCAUCUUCAAUGAUGACCUCUGAAUCAGAAACAAGUGCAUCCACCACAGAUGUUUCUCCAUCCUUUGAGACAGACUCUUCGUCAAGCCCCAGUUCAACGAUUUCUGAGUCAGAAUCCACUUCAACCCUGACAUCCACUUUAUCUGUGCCCAUGCCAUCAUCUCCAAUGAUGACCUCUGAAUUAGACACAAGUACAUCACCCACAGACGUUUCUCCGUCCCUUGAGACAGAUUCUUCGUCAAGCCCCAGUUCAACAAUUUUUGAGUCAGAUUCCACCUCAACCCUGACAUCCACUUUAUCUGUGCCCAUGCCAUCAUCUUCAAUGAUGACCUCUGAAUCAGAAACAAGUGCAUCCACCACAGAUGUUUCUCCAUCCUUUGAGACAGACUCUUCGUCAAGCCCCAGUUCAACGAUUUCUGAGUCAGAAUCCACUUCAACCCUGACAUCCACUUUAUCUGUGCCCAUGCCAUCAUCUCCAAUGAUACCUCUGAAUUAG